GCGCGUGGCUGCCCGGGAGGCCAGAGCGUGGAGCGCAGCGCUGCGCGGCGGCCGGGCCCUCGAGACGGGGACGGACACACCAGCCCCUCGAGUACCACUUGGCCACUCCCACUGCGUGGCUGAAGCCUCGAGGUCACCAGGCGGAGGAGCGGAGAUGCCCCUGCAUCAGCUGGGGGACAAGCCACUCACCUUCCCCAGCCCCAACUCAGCCAUGAAAAACGGGCUUGACCACACCCCACCCAGCAGGAGGGCUUCCCCGGGCACACCCCUGAGCCCCGGCUCCCUGUGCUCCGCUGCCCAUAGCCCCCUGGACACCAGCAAACAGCCCCUCUGCAAGCUCUGGGCCGAGAAGCGUGGCGCCCGGGGGAACCACGAGGUGCGGUACGUCUCGGCCGGGCAGAGCGUGGCAUGUGGCUGGUGGGCCUUCGCACCCCCAUGCCUGCAGGUCCUCAACACGCCCAAGGGCAUCCUGUUCUUCUUGUGUGCGGCCGCGUUCCUGCAGGGGAUGACUGUGAAUGGCUUCAUCAACACAGUCAUUACCUCCCUGGAGCGCCGCUAUGAGCUGCACAGCUACCAGAGCGGGCUCAUCGCCAGCUCCUACGACAUCGCCGCCUGCCUCUGCCUCACCUUCGUCAGCUACUUCGGGGGCGCAGGGCACAAACCGCGCUGGCUGGGCUGGGGCGUGCUGCUCAUGGGCACGGGGUCGCUGGUGUUCGCGCUGCCCCACUUCACAGCUGGCCGCUACGAGGUGGAGGUGGAUGCAGGUGUCAGGACGUGCCCUGCCAACCCCAGCGCGGCGUGUGCGGACAGCACCUCGGGCCUGUCCCGCUACCAGCUGGUCUUCAUGCUGGGCCAGUUCCUGCAUGGCGUGGGUGCCACACCCCUCUACACACUGGGCGUCACCUACUUGGAUGAGAACGUCAAGUCCAGCUACUCGCCCGUCUACAUUGCCAUCUUCUACACCGCAGCCAUCCUGGGCCCCGCUGCCGGCUACCUGAUCGGAGGUGCCCUGCUGAACAUCUACACAGAAAUGGGCCGACGGACGGAGCUGACCACCGAGAGCCCACUGUGGGUCGGCGCCUGGUGGGUCGGCUUCCUGGGCUCUGGGGCCGCUGCCUUCUUCACCGCCAUUCCCAUCCUUGGUUACCCUCGGCAGCUGCCAGGCUCCCAGCGCUACGCGGUCGUGAGAGCAGCGGAAAUGCACCAGUUGAAGGACGGCAGCCAUGGGGAGGCGAGCAACCCGGACUUCGGGAAAACCAUCAGAGACCUGCCUCUCUCCAUCUGGCUCCUCCUGAAGAACCCCACGUUCAUCUUGCUGUGCCUGGCUGGGGCCACUGAGGCCACGCUCAUCACCGGCAUGUCCACAUUCAGCCCCAAGUUCUUGGAGUCCCAGUUCAGCCUGAGGGCCUCAGAAGCUGCCACCUUGUUUGGGUACCUGGUGGUGCCAGCGGGCGGUGGCGGCACCUUCCUGGGCGGCUUCUUUGUGAACAAGCUCAGGCUCCGGGGCUCCGCGGUCAUCAAGUUCUGCCUGUUCUGCACCGUUGUCAGCCUGCUGGGCAUCCUCGUCUUCUCCCUGCACUGCCCCAGUGUGCCCAUGGCGGGCGUCACAGCCAGCUACGGCGGGAGCCUCCUGCCUGAAGGCCACCUGAACCUAACGGCUCCCUGCAACGCUGCCUGCAGCUGCCAGCCAGAGCACUACAGCCCUGUGUGCGGCUCGGACGGCCUCAUGUACUUCUCACUGUGCCACGCAGGAUGCCCUGCAGCCACGGAGACGAAUGUGGACGGCCAGAAGGUGUACCGAGACUGUAGCUGUGUCCCUCAGAAUCUUUCCUCUGGUUUUGGCCAUGCCACUGCAGGGAAAUGCACUUCAACUUGUCAGAGAAAGCCCCUCCUUCUGGUUUUCAUAUUCGUUGUAAUUUUCUUUACAUUCCUCAGCAGCAUUCCUGCACUAACGGCAACUCUACGAUGUGUCCGUGACCCUCAGAGAUCCUUUGCCCUGGGAAUCCAGUGGAUUGUAGUUAGAAUACUAGGGGGCAUCCCGGGGCCCAUCGCCUUCGGCUGGGUGAUCGACAAGGCCUGUCUGCUGUGGCAGGACCAGUGUGGCCAGCAGGGCUCCUGCUUGGUGUACCAGAACUCGGCCAUGAGCCGCUACAUACUCAUCAUGGGGCUCCUGUACAAGGGCUGCCCUGGUGGGAACCCCACAUGGCCAGGAACUGGCCUCUGCCCACGGUCGGCAAGAAACCAGAUGCUCAGCCCCCGGCCUUCAAGGACCGGAAUCCUGCCAAGGGCCACGUGAGCCAACCAAGAGGGGACGACACCCUGCAACACCUGGACUGCAGACACGUCAGAGACCCAGCUCCGUGGCGCCUGAAUUCUGGACCCUCAAAGGCUUUGCCAUAGUCAAUGUGUGCUGUGAAAAGUCACUAAAUUCUGGGGCAGUUUGUUCUGCAGCUGUAGCUAACCAACACACUGGGCAACAGCACAAAACAAAGGCCAGUCCUUCACCACUCACCUGUUCUCCAUGGGCAUGGACCUCACUCCCCAGGCUCGUCUAUGGCAGUGGCUGGCUCCUGGCCACUGGGCUGGGGCAGGAGGGAAUCAGGGUGGAAAGCGCCAGCCAUCUCCUCGUAGAGUCCCACGAGACCAUUUCAGUGGACGCCUGCUCUCAUGCCCUCUGCUCAGGGCUACGUCCCGUGGUCCCAGUGAGUGGUGGGGGAGGCAGGAACCAGCCGUGCUCCCAGCUGAAGGAGGCGUUCUGGUGCCGGAGUGUGGGUGUUGGGGCACAGCUGGCCGCACCUGUCAGAGGCGUGUGGCACUGAGCAUCCGUGUGGAGGUGUCCCCAGGGCCCUCGGGGAGACUCAUGGGAGCUGUCAGCCUGCGGGCUGAGCUGAGAUUGGUCAGAGGAGCUCAUCCGGGAAGGCUGGGCAGAUCCAGAUGGAACCCGGGGACCUCAGGACUGAGCAGGUGGAAGAGGCUGCGUCCUCACAUCAGGGAAAGGGGGGAAGAGCCCAGGGACACUGGGUGGAGAAGGGAUGGGAGGGAGGCGGCACACGCGGUCUGGCCACCAAAGGUGGUGCAUCCUCUCCGCUGCCAGUGGUCGGGAUGGUCUCUGACUCACAGAUGAUGAUGAUUCCAAGGGUCUGAGCGGCCCUGUGUGUUCCCCGAUGUCUCGCAGUGGCAAAUGGGCAGAGGCAGGGGCUGUGGACUGACAGCAUCCCCAAGUUCGUAGGUCGAAGCCCCAGCUCCCAGUGUGAUGGUGUUAGGAGCUGGGACCUCCGGGAGGUGACUAGGGUGAGAUGAGGGGGUGAGGGUGGCCCCCCGAUGGGAUUCGUAGCCCUGUAAGAAGAGGAAGAGACCAAGCUCCUCUCUCCUCUAUGUGCUGACACGGCUAGAAGACAGCCGUCUGCAGACCAAGGAGAGGACCCUCCCUGGGAGCCCAGCCUUGCUCGUGGGCUUCGGGCCUCCAGAAUGUGGGCACGUCCAUUGUUUGAGCCACCAGGCUAUGGUUCUGUGACGGCCGCCGAGCUGACGGAGGCUGUAGAGUUUCGACUCCGGUCUGGGGGCUCCAAGGGCUGUCCCGCUCCAUGCCCUGCCCCGCUCCAUGCCCUGCCCCGCUCCAUGCCCUGUCCCGCUCCAUGCCCUGCCCCGCUCCAUGCCCUGCCCCCACCCUGGAUGCCGGGAAGGAAGAGAAACGCCCCGAGCUGCAGAGAGGACAGAGAGGGAAGGAAGAGGACCAGCACGUUCGCACAGGGCACAUAGUGGAGGCUCCGGCCCAGGAUGGAGGGCAGGUAUUCCAGGGAGCGGCCCCCAAAGCGAUUGGUUGUAUGCUGGGCUGCUCAUCGGCAUCGCAAGGUGUCCAUCUCCCUGCAGGCAGCGAGACUUUGCGGUGCGUGAUGGAUGAGGCCACCAAGCCCAGAUUCCCUUCCCAGGUCCAGGAGGGCCCCUCCAGUGGGCAGCCCGGGCUGCUGGACACCCGCUCAGGCUCUCCCACCCCUCAGGCAGCUCCCAAGAGCUGCGGGGUCUCUGCAGCUCUUGAGCUCCGCUGCCCUCGCUUCAAUCUAAGCUCCCCUUGCUUUCCCCAUUGACAAUCGGCCUGGCUCUGACUCAGGCCCAGGGAGGAGACAGGAGCAGAUGGCUAACAGGGACAGUUGGGACACAGGGGCAGAGAGGAGUCUGGUUGCAGCCUGGUCCCGGCCCCAGCCCCCCAGGCCUGGUGACCCAGCCUCUGUGUGACUCAGUGCAGGGAGCGUGUGGCUCCUGGCCCUGCCACAGAGGCCAGAAGGCAUCUGCAGAUGCCCACACAGCCCCCCCGCUUCUCCGGGAUCACGGGCGCACCCAGCCUGGCGGGCACAUGGGCCCUGGGUACACCCUCAGCUCCAUGCUGGCCUGGGUCCUGGCUGCCUCCCACGGCCGGCCCCUGUCCUCCCACAUCCUGGGAGGAGCCCCUGGGACUAGCCAGGAAGGUGCGGGCCACAGGGCCCGGCUGCCUGUGGGGAGAAGAAAGACAUGCAUCCUGGGAGAGGGAGAGGCAGGCAGGAGUCCUCCAAGCCCACUUGGUUAUCCAUCGAGAGAUUUUCCACGGCUGCUGGGAUGAGGGCUACUGGGACCUCCUGUGUGCUGUGCAUUAAAUGCUCUUCAAGAGUCAGACGCCAAUAGCGGCUGGAAAUGUCAAAUUUUCUGGUUGUUGGACCAAGUUCCUCUUAUUCUUGUGUGCAUUUAAUUAUUAAAAAUUAUUAAAUUAUUAAAAUUAUUAAAAAUAUUAAAAAUUAUUAAAAUUAUUAAAAAUUA